AUGAGAGAUUAUAUCUUAUCUGGUCAUGCCGUUCACGUCUCCAUCGUAGAUAGACAACUUAAAUCGCUUGGCAGCAACAUGGUCGGAAAAGAUAACGCGGCCGUCAUCUCACCAAGUGCCGGCCGUCUUGCCGGGUUAUCAACAAUGCCCACCCCCGUCAUUCGACCUCUCGGCACGACAGUCGAGCGCGCCGAGACAAGAGCUUACGCCGCCAUCAUUGGCGGAGGUCUCGGUGGGUUCGCAGCUGCCAUCUCGCUUCGUCGUCAGGGUCAUCGGGUCACGGUGUACGAGAAACGGGAUAUCGCGGCGGAGGUCGGGAACAGUAUUUCGUGUGCCAAGAACGGAGGUCAAUGGCUUCACGAAUGGGGCGUCGACAUCGAUUCGGGUUACCCUAUCGACCUCCAGAAACUCGUCAUGAGGGAUUACAAGACCGGCGCCGUCGACAUGAUUUAUGACAUGUCGGCUUAUGAACAGAAAUGGGGUUUUCCUUAUUAUAUGUUCCAUCGACAAGAUAUGCUUCGGAUGAUGAUCACUACCGCCACCCAAACCGCCGGACAAGGUCCUCCAUCCACCCUCAAGAUCCUUCAUUCGGCCCGUUCGAUCGAUUUCGAUCGCGGCGAAAUCGAAUUUGAGAACGGUCUUCGGGUCACGGCGGACCUGAUCAUCGGAGCGGAUGGCGUCGUCUCCAAGACCCGAGCGUUGAUGGAUCUCGAACCCACGAUCAAGCUGGCCGCCUCUACGUGUUAUCGAUGCAACGUGCGGCUCGAUCAGCUGCAAGAGAUGGGUUUGGAACGAUACGCAGACCCUGCCAUCCAAUUCUGGGGAGGAUUCGAGACGGACGACGUCAACAAGUACAACAAGAUCGUCAUGGCCCCGUGCAACGGCGGCAAAUUGAUCUCCUUUUACUGUUUCUAUCCCGCAAAAGGUUUCAACGUUCAAGACGUCUCGGUUGAGGAUCUCGUCUCUCCCUUUUCGCAACUCGACCCCGAUUGCCUCCGCAUGCUAAACUCCAGUAUCGAUCGGAAACCCUGGAGACUAUACGAGCAUACGCCGUUGACCGGCUGGACCCAGGGAAGAACGGGGUUAUUGGGUGAUGCCUGUCAUGCCAUGUUUCCCCAUCAGAGCCAAGGCGCUUGUCAAGGGAUCGAAGACGCUGCAGCACUGGGGCUAAUCUUUUCUCGUAGAUACAACUACACCGGUAAUAUCGAAGAGGGGCUGAAAAUGUACGAAUCGAUUCGAAAGCCUCGAGCCGAUCGUGUCGCGCUCUGUAGUCGAUUGGCCACUGAAGACAUCCGAGAGAGAAUCGGGUUCAGUUCCCUGCCCGGCUCAGUCUCUCGUGGUGCCCCCAAACCGAUUCCGGGACACAAACGGCUGACGAUUGAAGAGAUCAAUGGGUACGACAUGGUAGCUCAUCUGGAUGAGCUCGUUCCUUCUCAUCGCAAGCACUAG